GUCGGCAGCAUCCCCUGCGUGCGUCGGCGCGGCCGUUGGCGGCCCGGGCGGUUUGAAKCCGUGCAGGCGGAAUGGCGGAGCCACGGCCGCCGGGACCGGGGGGGGAUGGCCGCGACUCGCCGGUCGCUGGUGCUGCCGCAGCCGCCGGCCCCCGGGACCCCGCCGAGCAGGCCGAGAGAGAYCUGCACCGGGAAGAUGCCGAAAGUGAUUGGAGUGGUGACUCCUUGAGUGACUAUGGCAGUCGUGACAAACCAGGGAGUACUUUGAGUAGGACUGUGCCAGAUGGGAACGUGCUUUUCCCGGAUAUUUUUCACACUGAUCAUCUUUUGUUCUACGAGCGAUUCAGGGCAUACCAGGAUUACAUCUUGGCUGAUUGCAAAGCUUCUGAGGCGAAGCAGUUCAUAGCUGAGUACCUGGAGAAGGUCCUUGAGCCCUCUGGCUGGCAGGCGAUCUGGCGCACUGAUGUGUUUGAGGUCCUUGUUGCGGUGGUCGGUGUGAAUUGCUCGGCUCUGAAGGCAGUUGUGCAGCUCACUGAGCCAUUCCUGUGCGAGUCCCAGGACAGCAGCUUUACCCUGGAGUGCAUGCAGGAGCUCCUGGAGCUGAAGGAACAUCAGAUCCUGCUGCAGGAGCUAUGGGUUGUAUAUGAUGAGUCAGGAGAAUUUGACCAGACAGCACUAGCUAUAGAGCACGUCAGGUUCUUCUACCGGUGCAUCUGGAGGACCUGGGACGAGGAGGAGGAGGAUGAGCUUGAUUACUUUGUUCGAUGUGUUGAGCCUCGGCUGAGAUUGCACUAUGAUAUUCUGGAACAYCGUGUACCUUCUGGGCUGGUACUUGAUUACCAGAACUUGCUGUCUCGAUGUGAAGAGCUUUAUGAGAAGUUUCUAAAUGUGAGGAACAGCAUAUCAAGCAACGAUUCAGACUCAGAAACAGAAAACRUUUCCAUGGUGGAAGGACUAAAAUUGUAUGACAAAGUAGAGCACUUAAAACAAAAGCUAAAACUAAUUGAGAAUCCUCUGCUGAGGUACGUGUUUGGUCACCAGAACUACAGCAGCCUCCAGGCUAAAGGACUGAGACCAAGUGGGACCAAGGUCACUCAUGUUGUGCCCUGGACCAUGACAGCAAGUCUGCUCCAGCUGUUGACAAGGGACAAACUUUCCCCAGAAUGUUGUGAAGGCCUAGAAAUACAGUUUCACCGUGAUCCRCUGGCAGCUGUAAGUGCCUGUUAUGAAGGAGAGAGAGUCAUCAUCUGUCCUGGCCAUUAUGUUGUUGAUGGCGUGUUCUGCAUUGCUGAUUCAAUUGAACUUGAAGGCUAUGGCCUGCCAGAUGAUGUCGUGAUAGAAAAGCGAGGGACAAGAGACAACUUCUUUGACUGUACAGGAGCCAAUAUAAAAAUCUCCUGUUUGAAGUUAGUGCAACAUGAUGCUGUGGAGGGGAUUUUAAAUGUCCAUCAUGGGAAAACGACGCUGGAAAAUUGUGUGUUGCAGUGUGAAACCACGGGAGUAACAGUGAGGACAUCAGCUGAGCUACUGAUGAAAAACUCUGAUCUUUAUGGGGCCAAGGGUGCUGGUGUGGAAAUCUACCCGGGAAGUACGUGCACCCUGCUGCACAACGGGAUACACCACUGCAAGGAGGGAAUACUGGUCAAGAACUUCUUAGAUGAGGAUUAUGAAGCUCCCAAGAUAACCAUGGUUAAUAAUAUGAUCCAUAAUAAUGAAGGAUACGGUGUGGUCCUGGUUAGACCAGCAAUGCCCUCUGAGGUGAAGGAUGCUCCGGCACAGAGAGCAAAAGGGAAAACACAAUCUGUCCAGACAGGUGAUGAGACAGCCUGUGCAGAGGGUUCCAGGGAAGAACAACCCGGGUGUGUGACUGAUGAGUUGGAGCUUUGUAAGAGAGCUGAGACUUCUGAGCCAAGUGAACGCAACGAUGAAAUUGCGAAUGUACUCGGGGCUGCUUCUGCAAAGAAGAGCCAGACACACAAGAAAAGACUGAGUGAACUGGGGUUUACAGAGGCUGAUGACAACUUAAUGUCACAGGAAAUGUUUAUCUCUGUUGAGGGCAAUCAGUUCAAAUGGAAUGGGAAAGGGAGUUUUGGUAUCUUUCUUUUCUGACCGUCCUGGCAUUGCGGUAGGAUUUGUACAAUUAUUGGUAAGAUCACAUGCCAGGAGUUGUGCUAUGGUGUUAUGCUUUUAUAUCCCAAGUGUAAUCCUUAUUAAAGGACUGGGGCUAAAAACUCAGUUGGUUCUUUUGGCUCAUCUUUCCCAAACCUUAUAUAUCCCGAGUGAUCUGCCUUUGUGAUGCACACAUAACACUUCUUUUUUCCUUGCACUUCCUUGUCAGCCUGGCUUUUCUCUCGACAAUCUUAUCUCUGUUUCUAAAACGAUGUUUCUAAAGCGAUUUAUUUAUUACCAAAUGGUGGAAUGGGUCAGCUUGGAAGGGUCCASAGUGGGUCAUCUGGUCCCACCUCCCUGCUCAAGCAGGCCUGUCCCAGAGCACACAGCACAGGAUUGUAUCCAGUGGUUCUGGAAUAUCCSCAGUGAGGGAGACUCCACACCCUCCCUGGGCAGCCUGUUCAGUGCUCAGUCACUGCACAGUGAGGAAAUUCGCCUUCAUUAACAUUAACAAACUAAUUUCAACUGCUUGAUUGUUCCUGUUUCUAGUUGGUCGUGGCUGACUGCUGUGGUUGGGUCCUGCUCUGUGCAGGUCCACUGGUGUGUUUUGUGCUCUGCAGAUUGCACUUGAGUCACUCCCUCAGUAGGGUGCACUUGUGUAAUUGUUGAUAAAUCACUGGGUGGUCUUAACCCUCUCCAAGAAGACCUUAAUCUCUCACCAGAAAAUUAAAACCUGGAAGCAGCAGUAUGACCAAGUACCACUUGAGAGUCCUCAAASAGUCUUUCUUCAAAGGCUUGUUUGAAAAUGUGCCCUUUUGUUCAAAUGCUCUUCUCUAGUUUUGGUGUGCUUGUUUUAAUAGUGCGAAUGUUUAAAAGGGUGAAGCAUGUUUGUCACAGGUAUUUUUCACAUUAGCACAUUCUUGGUSUUCACAAAGUCACCUGUGCAGCAAUUUAUAGGAAGUGCUAUUCAUUGAUGUGUUGCUGCAGUUUGGGAGAGAAAUACGUGGAUUAAAGCUGGUGUUUGGCUGGCAGAGCACCUCUGAAAUGGCUCAUGCUCAGUGCCUCCAAGGCUUUCCAACUGCUUUUUUAUUGUUCUGAAACUGAAAUGAGGUCACAAAUGGAAUAUUAGUUCCAUAAUGAUAUUUAAACUAUCCAUGGUSUUUCAUGACUUGAGGAAAGAAUUUCCAGCACCUGACUCUAUUCAGCUCCUAUCCACACCUGUAGAUUUAUGCAUAACUGUCAAGCUGUCUGUUGUCUUAACACACKCUUUGCAGCCUGCAAAUACUUUUCCUUUUUAUGAUGCCACACCACAUUGGCGUGUUGUUGCCUUGUUCACCUGUUCAAAGGGGUCUUUCAGUUUGUCCUAUUUUCUAUACUUUAUCAUAGUAGCAGACAAUAAUUCUUAAUUAGGGCCUUGGAUUACAUAAAAGGAGAAGUCAGUGUUUGAAAGCGCAAUGCACUCASAUGAAAAAGAUGCUUGACCCACCUUUUUUAUUUCCCCCUGUGUGGRGUGCAAGGUGUUGCAGCAUCUCCACUUUUCCUGUAGUUAACUUCCUCCUAUGUAAAAGCUUUUCAGACUUUGUUAGUUUGAGACAAUUCCUUCUAGAGACACUUUGUAAAAUGAGGUUUGGGUUCUGUUUUCUCUUCAGGAAGUCUCAAAUGCAUUCUUUAAAUCUGAGCCCAACUGCAGUUGGUGUUUGCACCUGGUGAAUAUUCUGUGUGGGGAAAAAAAGGCAUCUUGCUUCAUUGAAAUUUGUCUGUAGAGAGAGGAGAUGUGGGUGAUUUACUUAAAGGUAUGAAGGUGAUAYAUGAUUUGCUUCUUAAGCUGUCUGAGCUACCAGUGCUUUUAAUGCUGUUCACAGGUCCUGGUGCUUGUUUGCAAACUCGUGUUCAUGCAUUGCUGGGGUUCCUGACCACCCCACAUSUACAGCUUUUGUACUGUGCUAUUCUUUUCUUCUUUUGAGUUCCAAAAGUCUGUCUUAUGCUAAUGAUGACACAGAAGGCGAGAUAUGACAUGGAGAGAAGGAAUAAGGUUUUGCAAGAUUGGGUCUUGAAUUACAAAGCAGCCUGGGAGAGCGUGCCAUCCUUUCCCUGCUGCUGGGUGUUGGUGUUUUGGGGGCAGACAGAGCUCCUGAUUACUUUUGUGUUUUUAAGACAGGARAAUCUCUUCCUUUUUAGACUUAUUUCAAAUAUAGGGAGAAACAGCAAAAACCUUUUGGCCUUGAAAUGGGAUGACAGGAAGURUAAAAGCCUUUGUCUUGUUAGCAUCUCACCACUUUUCUGGUCUUUGAAGUCAAUCCUUUCUGCUCCCUGAUUCAGUAAAAGCACAGUAAACCMCAGCUGCCUCAAGUAUUCACUGUUCAGCUAUGUUUGUCUUAUGUUCCAUUUCCAUUCUCGGGGGAGAUUUCAUAGAUUAUAAUAUUUUUCUUUUUGCCAUUGUAUCCUGCAGGAAUAGAUUGCUUUUCAGUUGUGAGGCUUUGCAUUUUCUUUUGGACAUGAAAAUGCAAGCCUGUAAUUGUUUCAUGGUAGCUAGAUGCUUGAUGAUUUUAAUUAGAAUAAUUAAAUUCAGAGAGAGCAGUUGGAUUAGCCAAAUUUAAAUUGUUAUUUCAGUGYAUCCAUUUAUGCAUGGACAUUUAAUUACGGUAAGUUUUAUUUUGCCUUUUUGGCCAUGUGUACCAGGCUUACUCUUGCUGUUUGCUGAAUAGUAAAGUGAUACAAUAAAUUAAUCUCUUGGACUUCUAAAAUUGCAAUUUCUUUCAAAUCAAUAAAGAAAUUGCCAAAACCCCCACACAGAUGAACAUUGAUUUUGUUUUUUCCAUUAGGUAUAUGAGAUUUGUAUUUUUACUCCUAAUGAAAAAUCAAUUUCAUCAUUUCAAUGUAAGGUAACUUUGAUCAUUUCUACUGUUUGAGGAUGUUACUCUGCAGUUUUCAAUUUAAACAUCAUCUGUGUUUAUGUUCUUUCCYUGACUGAGAGUAAUUUCAACAAGCCAAUAAUUAUUCUGUUAGUGCUGUUUUAGAAUUUUCUUUGACUCUAUUGCUAUAUUAGUGGGAAAUUUGUCUGAGACUUCUCUAAUGUUAUGGGGAAAUUAUAGUAAAGUCACAGGAAAUUUUCACAAUACUAAGUAUUGUAGUACUUAAACUGUGAUAGGAACCUU